AUGGCAGACGAUAAGCAAGUCAUGGAUCGCACCGACGACCCGACCGACUACCGGGCUCGUCUGGGAAGCGAGGUGGCCAUUGGAUACGAUGACCCCAGUGCAAUCCCCAAGGGUUCGACCGACCCCGUGUACGAGGCCAAAGCCAGAGUCUUGAACCGCGCAAUCCAGGACAUUGGCAUGGGAUGGUAUCAAUGGCAGCUUUUCAUCGUCGUCGGGUUCGGCUGGGCGAGCGACAACUUGUGGCCGAUUGUGACCUCGUUGAUCUUCACGCCCGUCGCCAACGAAUUCGGUCCCUCACGUCCCCCUCUGUUGACCUUGAGCCAGAACAUUGGCCUUCUUGCCGGUGCGGUCUUCUGGGGCUUUGGCUGCGACAUCUUCGGCCGCCGAUGGGGUUUCAAUCUGACCUUGGGCGUCACCAGCGUGUUCGGCUUGAUCGCUGCCAGCUCGCCCAACUUUGCAGCCAUCGGAUGCUUCGCGGCGCUCUGGUCCUUUGGGGUCGGCGGCAACCUGCCCGUCGACUCUGCCAUCUUCCUGGAGUUUUUACCAGGCAGUCAUCAGUACUUGCUCACCAUCUUAUCGGUCGAUUGGGCCUUCGCUCAACUCGUCGCCACGCUGAUCGCCUGGCCCUUGUUGGGCAACUUGACGUGCCAGGAAGGGGAAACGUGCACGCGGUCGAAGAACAUGGGCUGGCGGUACUUCAUGAUCACCAUGGGCGGGAUUGCCAUGAUCAUGUUCUUCAUUCGAUUCGUGCUCUUCACCAUCUACGAAAGCCCCAAGUUCCACAUGGGUAAGGGCCGUGACGACGAAGCAGUGCGCAUCGUGCACGAAGUGGCGCGAAGAAAUGGCAAGACCUCGCCUCUGACCAUCGAGGACUUGAAGGCCUGCGAGCUCCUCGCGGAAGGAGGUGAAGCCGGCCAUCAAGCAACCAGCGCCGCAGCACAGCUGAAGCGACGUCUGGAAAAGGUCAAUCUGACACAUAUCCGGGCGUUGUUUGCGACCAGGAAACUGGCCCUGAGCACGGCUUUGAUCAUGCUUAUAUGGGCGUUUAUCGGCUUGGGAUAUCCCCUUUACAAUGCCUUUCUCCCCUACCUCCAAGCAAUCAAAGGUGCCCAGUUCGGCGACAGCAGCACGUACAUCACAUAUCGCAACCAAGUAAUCAUCGCGGUCCUCGGCAUUCCCGGGUGUCUGCUGGGCGGUGCUAUGGUCGAGAUCCGCGGCUUCGGCCGGCGUGGGACCUUGUGCGUGUCCACUGUCAUGACCGGUGUCUUUCUGUAUUGCUCCACCACGGCCACUACUUCGGACGCCUUACUGGGCUGGAACUGCGCUUUCAACUUUACCUCGAAUGUCAUGUAUGCUGUGCUCUACGCUUACACGCCCGAGUGUUUCUUCACCAAGGACCGUGGAACGGGGAAUGCCCUGACGGCGACAGCCAACCGAGUGUUUGGCAUCAUGGCCCCUAUCAUUGCCAUGUUUGCGAAUUUGAAGACCAGCGCGCCUGUCUACACCAGCGGGGCGCUGUUCAUUGCAGCGGGGCUGGCAGUUAUCGCGCUGCCUUUUGAGAGUCAGGGCAAGGCCAGUCUAUAG